AUGCACCACACCUCCCGAGCUGGCUGUCCCCUCCCCUCCCGCAACGGUAGCAUUCGAAUCCUCCUCCGGUUCGCCCCAAAUCGCCACCCAGGCGCACCCAAUGCUGGCAGCCUCCCUUCUCGCCCUCCGCCUCCUCCUUCUCGUCGGCGCCGCCGCGGAGGGGUGGGGGCCGGGGCGGUGGGGGUGAGUGGCGGGGCCCAGCUGUGGUGCGUUGCCAAGAACAACGCGGAGGACGGCGCGCUGCAGAGCGCCAUCGAUUGGGCGUGCAGCGUUGACGGCGGCCGCGCCGACUGCGCGGCCAUCCAGCAGGGUGGCGCCUGUUUCGAUCCGCCCGACCUCCAGCAGCACGCCUCCUACGCCUUCAACGACUACUUCCUCCGCUCCGGCGGCGCCGCCAGUCCCGCUGCCUGCGACUUCUCCGGCGCCGCCGCACUUACCGCGCUCAACCCCAGUAAGAACCCCGAAUCUCUAGUCCACGCUUUUGAAUGA